AUGAACGAAGAGUUUUCCGUUCUAGUUCGCACGAAAGACGAUUUCUCUGUGAUAGAGGAGCCCGCGGGCAAAAAGGCAAAAGAGCCGCUUGCAAAGAAAAGGAACAUCUUUGUGUGUCUGAUGAUCAUCAAAGGCCUCUUUGGCUUCUCCUUCUCAACAAGCGCAAUCUACUCGGCAUUUCUCUUGGCUUCAGGACUGGCUAUUUGCAUUCUGUGCAGCACUGCGAUGGUUUUCAGCAUAAGGUGCACGUCUGAUGUUCUGGUGCAGCUGGCAAGCCAGGACAAAACAGUGAUAUACACAGCCAUAUACUCUGGGCUCUUUGUGACUGCCGCUUCGGUGCUUCGCGAGGUGUACUCUCUUCUCUUCUGCCUAUUCGUCAACCACACGCUCGACAAUAUUUCUGUAGCGCUGUUCAACAGCACUAUUUACACAACUCUUCCCAUUUCUUCGGUUAAAAUCAACAGAAUAGUGGACAGAGGAAACAGAAGCAUAAAGGAGCUCCUUACGAAGCUACUGGUGGUUAUUGUGUACAGGAUGAUAAGCACAGUGAUAGUGCAUGUUCAGCUCUUUGAGCUCGAUCGCAACUAUCUGGUCAUAAUAACGCUGUUCAACCUGCUGUACAUCUUCAUAAGCUACUUACUGCUGAAAAUACGAAUUAAAAACAAAAUCUUAAAGAACAGGUAUGACGACCUGUACAGCAACAAGAUCAUAGAGGGAAUAAGCAACAAAGACUCGAUUCUAACAGCAAAUACCGAAGAGUACGAGACAGGGCAGUUUGAGAGAUAUAUGCAAAAGUAUCUCAGAGUGACAUUCAAUGACAGACUGCUUGUGUCAAUUUUGAAUGUAAUACAGAAGUUUAUAUACACAGUCCUGCAGAUCACUGCCAUGAUCUACCUGUACAACAGCGUUGAGAAGAAAGACCUGCUGAAGUUUGGGUCGACUCUGAUACAGUACAUAAAAGAACUUGAUAAAAAUCUGAUGGAAAUCGCCUUGGCUACUAAAGACAUCUUUGUGUGCUAUGUGGACUGUGAGGCGUACAUAAACUACAUUGACAGUCUUUCAAAGAGCACACAGCCUGACGUGGUUCCUUCUACCGCUGAUGCAUGCGAGUCAGAAGAAGACAAAGACUCAGCAGAGAAUAUGGAUGUAGAAAAUAAAAAUGAAAAUAUUAGCGCACGCUGCAGUGGAGACAAAAAAACAGUUGUUGAGUUUGAAAAUGUAGGAUUCUCGCACACCCAUGGGACAAAAGAGCUGAUAAGCCGGUUCUCCUGCAGGAUAUACAAGGGAGAGAAAGUAGCCAUCCAGGGAAGCAGUGGAUGCGGGAAGACAACCCUUCUGUCGCUCCUUCUGAAGCAGUGCGCAUACACAGGAACAAUCAGAGUGAAUGGAAUAGACAUCUCUGAGAUGACAAAAAACAUGAUCACUGAAAAAAUAGGUAUAGUUCCGCAGGAGAGCUGCUUGUUCAACAACACCCUGAUAUACAACAUUGAAUAUGGAAGCAGUCCCGGCAAGGAAAGGCUAAAAAUGGUCCUAGAAAAAACACAGGUCAGUGAAAUAAUAAGCUCAAAAAAAGACGGGCUGGAGUACAAUGUGGGAAGCCUAGGAAGAAACCUUUCGGGAGGAGAGAAACAAAAAGUAUUUUUAGCAAGGUGUCUUCUAAGAGACACGGACAUAAUCAUUCUUGAUGAGUCUACGUCUAAAAUGGACUCUGCAGCAGAAUUAAAAAUAAUUUCGCAUUUAGUAUCAACGGAUAAGACCGUUAUUUUCAUCACCCACUCGAGUGCAGUGGCUAGUAUGAUGGACAGAGUGCUCGUACUCGACGCAGAGAAGACGGGAGAAAGCGAGAGUGCCGGGAAAAAAGAAAAAGUCGUCUUUGCCGAGCUGGACGAAGGCUCUCCAGAGCCAGGGAAAGAUCUUCUGCUAAAACAAAAGAAGCCCAAAACACUCUCCAAAAACUGA